UGUAAUCCUCGCUGUAAUUACGAGCGGAGAACUGACGAAUAAGAUGCACAAGUAGACGAUCACGCGACACAAACAUUUCAAAGAUGUGGUUGAUGAAUUUGGAGAUUUUUGUCUGGUGGAGAAGACUUUGAAGAUGACUGAAAAUCUUUCGUUUUUACACCCCUAUUGGCAGAAUUUUGAAAAGAUUUCCCCUACUUAUCAUAUUACCGUUGGGAUUAUCAUGGUGUGUGUUACCUUGGGAUCUGUUGCAGGAAAUGGGGUUGUCGUCUGGAGUUUUAUCAGUUUUCGCAGUCUUCGAACUUCUUCCAAUGUGUUCAUCAUUAAUCUUUCCGUGGCAAACUUAGUGAUGUCCCUGGUGGAUUUUCCGCUCCUUGUCGUCGCCAGUUUCCUCCAAGAAUGGCCGUACGGAAAAACAGUGUGUCAAGUAUAUGGAACCCUGACGGGUCUUUGUGGGUUAGUGACCAUCAACUCGUUAACUGUGAUAGCCGUUGACCGAUACUGUUCCAUAGUGAUGCGAGUCAAUUCAGCAGAUCCUGCUCCAAAAUGGAAGACUUACAAGGCCGCGUUGGUGAUAUGGACCUAUGCCUUAAUUUGGGCUAUUAGUCCUGCAUUGGGUUGGAGUCGGUAUCAAUUGGAGGGUGUUCGAACGACAUGCUCGUUUGAUUAUCUUACCAGAGAUAUAACAACGAUUAGUUUCAUAGUUGCAAUCGCAACAUGUGAAUUUAUCCUACCCGUUUUUGUCAUUGUUCUUGCUUAUUGUAAAAUUGUGACAGCUAUGAUAGUUCGUCGUCGAAAUCUUUCGUUGUCGAAGCACGGGGAUAAUGCGUCUCUUAAUUGCCGAAUGCAGCGUUAUCGAGUACGAGCAGAAAUCCGCACAGCGUUGAUAAUCAUGGGCUUAGUUUGCCUCUUUGUUGUGUCCUGGCUGCCGUACACUGUCACUGCAAUGAUUGGCCUGUUUGGGAACCAGGAAUUGAUAACUCCAUAUUUGUCAGCUAUUUCUGGUCUCAUAGCUAAAACAUCGACAGUUUUUAAUCCAAUAGUGUACGCUAUCAUACACCCAAAAUUUAAAUCAAAAAUAAAAUCUUUGUUAUUCAGACGAGAUUCACUACAAACAGGACGGCGAUCAAGAAUGAACAGCCGACUGUCGUCAAACAAGUACUCGUCGUCGUUAUCCUGCCCACGACAAGUGGAAAUCGUUAUAGAUAGGCAAUAGUAUAUUCAUUUCACAUAUUUCUCUACAACGAAAUAUAUUUUCAGUGGAAUUUGAGUGGUGAUUUACAACCGUUUUUAACAACUUUUCACUUUCAUC